UAAGAGAGGAUAGUAUCCUCAAAUUAAGCAGCACAUUAAAGACACAUACAAUGGCCUUUUACAAAGUUGGUAUCCUUUCUCUCCUCCUAUUGUCUGGUAUAUUUCUGUUGGGAAUUGAGGUGGAAUAUGCAAAUGCCAAGUCAUGUCUCCAAGUUUGUGACAGGAAUGUUGCCUACAUGACUUGUCCUUCUUCAGGAGAUGAGCAAAUUAGUGGAGUAUGUGAAAAUUGUUGCACAGCAGAUGAAGGCUGUAAAUUAUUCCGUACUGAUGGAUCGUUAAUUUGCACUGGAACUAAAGAUUAAUAUAAUCCAUCCUUAAUUGUCAAAAUGUAAUAUUUAAAAUCUUUGUUAUUCGUAUUUGUGUGUAAUAAGGCCUGAGUUAUUACUCUGGCGAUUUAUAAUGUGCAAUUGUAAUGUUUUUCAUCCGAGCUUUUGAGGAUGUCAAUAAAAAAUACUUCAUACUUAUCUUUUA